AUGUCAAGCCCGACAAAGGAAGUUGUGGCGGUUGGCUUGGGUGCUCCAAAAGGGAAGGAGCAUGGUGACCUAAGGAGGAAGUUGGAGCCAAAGAAACCUAGCCAAGGGAGAGCGGAGCUAGGGGACUUUGAGGUCGAGCUCGCAAGGGUGCAAUUGCGACUUAUCGAUGAUGAUCAAUGCUUCGAGGAGAUAGAGUCCCACCUUGAGGAACUUGAGUCUAGCAUGGACGAGGUUCGCGAGGAGAUGCAAGGGGCGCUAAAUGAAGCCAUCGACAAGGUGGUCAAAGAAGGUGAGUCUUCGAAAUCCUCCCUCCUUAGUGAAAUUGCCGCACUUAAGGAAGAGAAUGUAUUGUUGAGGGGUGAACUUGGGAAAUUAGUAGAGGAGUUGAGAAGGAUGAAGGGUGAGGUGGAGAAUUUGAGGAAAGAUAGGGAUUGUGAGUCCACUUCAUCCAUCCCUCUACUAGGCAAGGAGGAAGUCCCGAAGGAGAGUAGAUCUUUGCGAAUGUGUUAUUUUUGCAAAGGUCCUCAUAGAAGUGGUGAAUGCCCAAGGAGGAGUGAGCUUGUUGUAAGGGAGCAAAGCAACAAGGAGACUCCGUUGGAGCCAAGGGUGGCACACUUGGGUUCUUUACAAGUGCGUGGAGCACUUGGACGGAUGGAAACUUUGGAGGAGCAAGAUGAGGAAGCAGGUACCUCAUCAUCUUCUUCAUCAUCUUCAUCUUCAUCUUCAUCUUCGUGUUUGGAGAAGGACCUAGGGGAAUGUGGAGACCAAAAGGGUAUGGAGUUGCCGAAGGAGCUACCACCAAGGGAAAAGGUGGAUGGUGCCAUGGACGAGGGGUCCAAAGUAGCUGAAAGUCCGAGGGAAGUGGUUUCGCCGAAGCAAGGGAGGCGUAGACGACGACGCUCAAGGGGGAGCAAAAGUAGGUGCAAAGCCGAGGGGAUGGCAAAGUCACCUAGCCACAAAGACAAGGGGAAUGCUACUAGUGCACUAGAGGACAAGGCUGAAGGCAACACUUCGUAUGUAGGUGGACAUACGGAGGGGUCCUCCACAACUUCGCACAAGGGAGAUGCGAAGAGGUCUGAAGUUUGCUCAAGUGGUGUUGGGCAAGCGAAGAGGACGUGA